CUGAAUCUUCUGAAAGCCUUCGUGAACAAAAAAACCAUUUGGCCAGAGAAGCCUGUGCUCAACGUAUCGCAAAUGAAACAAUUGAAGAAGCUGAGCAACAAUUGCGCAGAAGAAAGCAAACUGAAGCUAAACGUCAAGUUACUAAUGUGGCAUGUGUUGACACCUAUGAUACAA